GACGAUUCCUAAUUAAGGUGUUUAAGAAAUGGAUUUUACUUGCUACGUGUCUAUAUCUGAUUGAAAAGAGAUCGAGAACACAACGAUAUAUUUUUUCUACGGAUCUCUUGCUUUCUCUCCCUCUACACUUCUUCUCGCGAUCGUUUUGUGAAUCUGUUUUAAUUUUCGAUUUUGAGCUAUUGAAUAUUGCCUGGAUUUGCGGAGAUAGUUGACGAUGUUUGUGGAUGGGAUUGUGGAAGGGGAAAGAUCGCGAUUAAGAGGAUCGACAACUCGACGAGCCAUCAGCACCUUAAACGAUUCUCCAUGCUUCUCCAUGGCGCCUGCAGUUUUGGGUGCUCUCUUCAGCGUUGGAGCAAUAGGAGUAGCUUAUGCUGAGUCUGAACAGGCUAAUGAGAAUUCAUCUGCUCCCAUAGAUCCUCCACCAAACUAUGUAGAUAUUGCCAAGAAAGAACGAGCUCGAAUCGAAGAAUUUUCCAAGCGGAUGCUCUGAAUGACACUUUUGGAAUUCCUCAAUUAUCUGGAAAAACAUGUGACAUACAUAAGAAUUGGUGCACAAGACAGACGAGUUUAUUCAAGUGACAACAUGCAUUAACAAAUUUUGCCAUAUAAGACGUUGAGAAGACGAUACAGAAGUAGAAACAAGUCUCAGAGAUUCUCCCGGAUGAUCUCAGACCCCACAGAUGUUCCGUAUGGCAGUGAGGUCAUAGGGCCGCUCAUCGGUCGCAAGCCAUCGGUCCACAUUGAAAUGCUGACGUGCGCUGUCAGCUCCAACCCUGACUUCCACGGAGUCGAGAUACCAGCCGGGCUUGUUGCCGGUGCCGUCAGAGGUCACACUCAGUAAGCAAACUGGGCCCGCAAGACACGUGGCCUUGGAAGAGAAAACGUCCACAUUACCGUUCUCGAAGUAGUUGUGACCUCGUCCCAUUAACCCACCCCAGUUCUCUAGGUUUGGGAUUUGGACCUUAUUUCCGUACUUGUCGGAGAGUACAACGGCUACGUUCGCAUCUGUGCCCGCGCUAUCUCUCGUUCCGGUUCUGACGUAAAUUGUGUAGUCGCAAUCUUCCUGCGAAAAGAUAUUAAUAUUGUCCGAAAGAAAGCCUAAUUGAUAGUUUAAACUAAUAUUAUGGUCCUAUGGGGAGCUUACAGCGAAUGCAAAGAGAGAGACGGUGGCCAUGAAGAGGAGGGAGGGGAGGAGAACGUUAGGGCGAGCCAUAGUUAGUUGUUGAUAUGAAUGUAAGAAAUGGAGAUUUGAAUUGAGAUUUCGAGGAGAAGAGGCCGCCACUAUAUAUAUAUUGUCUUUACACAAAAUUGACGUGCAUUUAUUUUCGGAUUAUAUAUUGGUCGUCACGCAAAGUUGACAUGCAGUUAGUUUUUUUUUUUUUCUUUCUUUGGUCUGCACAUAUGCAUGAGGUAGUUAGUUAUCUUUUUUAAAAAAAGUUGAAUGUCAAAAAUUAUAUUCAAACCAGAAAAAAACUUUGUUACAACAUAUGCUUCGUCUUUAAAGUUUGUUUAGAAACUCUGGAGCCAAACUAAUACAUAAGGCUCUCCUCAUA